AUGCCGGACCUCCUCCAUACCGAUGAGAUCACGCCGUUUCUCCAGCAGCCGUCGGUGUCCCGCGGCGGCGACGGCGACGGCGACCCCGCGACCGCCCGGAAACUUACGCUCUUCAACGGCCUCGCCAUCGUCAUCAGCCUCCAGAUCGGUUCCGGGAUCUUCAGCGUCCCCUCGCAGAUCAGCCAGUUCGUCACGGCCCCGGGGUACGGCCUGCUGGCAUGGCUUUUCGGCGGCCUGCUCGUCUGGACGGGCGCGGCGUCCUUCAUCGAGCUCGGGCUCCGGAUCCCCGUCAACGGCGGCAUCCAGGAGUACCUCCGUGCCUGCUACGGCGAGUUCGCCGGGUUCCUGUUCACGUGGGUGUGGUGCAUUAUCAUCAAGCCCGCGGCCAACUCCAUGAUCGCGACCAUCUUCGCCGACUACCUCACCGAGGUCUUCGUCGCGGACCAGGUGACGCUGCCGUUGUGGGUUCCAAAGCUGGCGGCGGCAGGUUGCAUCGUGGUCAUGACGCUCGUCAACUGCAUGGGCGCAACCGCUGGCGCUGAGGCGGCCAAACUGUUUCUUUUCCUCAAGACGGCGGCCCUGGCUACUAUUAUCGUACUCGGCUGCGGUGUCUGGGCCUUUGGCCAUGGAGACGGAGUUCCGUCAUCCGAGUAUGGCUGGUUCGGACAGGCUCCCGAACAGCGUGAGGUCGGUCUCUGGGAGUGGCUCGGAGACUUUGGGACGGCAACAUUCGGGGCACUGUGGUGCUACGCCGGUUGGGAAAUGAUUGGCUUUGUUUUGGGAGACAUGAAGAAUCCUAAAAGAGAUCUGCCAAUCGUGGUAAAUGGCUCUAUGGCUGUGGUGAUUAUCGGCUUCCUGCUAAUGAACGCUGCCCUGUACGUCUGUUUGCCAAUGAGUGUCAUGCGGACAAGCAGCACUGUCGCAGUGGACUUUGCCAACAGGAUUCUCGGCAACUGGGCUGGACUACUCUUUUGCCUGGUUGUGUCUGUUUCGGCGAUGGGUGCCUUGAACUCGAACAUCUUCGCGACCGCCAAACUCGUCGUAGUCGCAAGUCAGAGGGGGUACCUCCCUGCUAUUUUGGCGAACCUGCACUGCAGUCAAGAAAAGGAUGAGGCCGGCUGUGUUGACGAGUAUAUGUCUUCUCUGCCGAGAUUGGUCAAGGGGCCGAUCAUAGGUUUCCUCUGUUAUACUGAUGGAAAUGUCAGGCUUCCUCUGCUCUUGAAUUGCGCAUUGUCUGUUGUCUAUGUGGUUGUUGGGAGCUUCAAUGGGCUUGUCACAUUCAUUGGCUUGGCGGCGUACACGAUCUUCUUUUCUUCGACUGCUGGACUCAUUGUUCUCCGCCAAAGAGAUCGUCGUAUACCAACGGCAAAGGUUGCCGAGUACAGCACUUGGCUCAUAAACCCCAUCAUCUUCAGCGCGAUUAGUGGACUGCUGGUAGUCAGAGGAGUCAUCUCGGAACCUUUGCAGGGAGGGGCUAUUUUCUUGGUCGCCGUUUUCGGAGUAGUCUUCUUCUCGCUCAGGUUCGGGUUACGUGGCUUCACCCACACAGAAGGCAGCUGA